CCAACUACUAAUACAGUCCAACUCACCACUCAACCAAACCAUCAAGAAUCCCAUCAUGUCGAACUCUGCCUCAGCUGCCAUCCUGGUCACUGGAAUGCUCAUCACUGGAUGCUCGAAUAGCUUAUGGUCUAAAUUUCAAGACCAACAAUGUGUCGAGAACUGCGCCAAUCCAGAUCCAACGACACAUCGAAACUUCGAGCAACCGGUAUGGCAAACCUUGAACAUGUUUGUAGGAGAGGCAUGUUGCAUGAUAGCGUACUACAUCAUCCAAUGGAUAACAAGACCGACGCGAGACGACAAGGAGCUAGGAUACGCGCCGAUUCCGCGGGAUUCGAUGGACGGGCGACUGCAGGAGGAGGAGGAACAAGAAUCAACCCUCGGCGAUACGCUCACCUCCGACCACUCUGCCUCCCUCUCUGACUCCCUCCUCCAACCCGCCCAUCUCAAAUCUCGCCUCUGUCCUAAUCCAACCCCACUCGCCGUACAUGGCCCCUCCCCCGCUCCCCUCGCUAGCUCCCUUGAACCUGAACUCCUCGUCAACCAACACGAACCUUCUGUCCUCCAGCUGGUCGGCCUCCAGAAAUUCGUCUUUUGGCUGCCCGCCUUGUUCGAUAUUUGUGGAACUACUCUCAUGAACGCGGGUCUCCUCUUUGUUCCAGUCUCAGUGUUCCAAAUGAUCCGAGGAGCGCUCCCGAUCUGGGUCGGCCUCUUUUCGAUCAUCUUCCUGAACCGACAUCUAUCUCGCGAGAAGUGGAUCAGUCUGGCGAUCAUCACCUCUGGCGUCGCCCUUGUCGGUUAUGCUGGCUCUUUGCAACCUCAACCCCUUCAACCUUCUGAUCAAAUCGAAAACCAUUUGGUCUCCCUUGCCGCCAUCGACUCUUCCGAGCCUGGCGGUAAGGUCGUCUUGGGCCUCUUUCUGAUCUUCUUUGCCCAACUCUUUACGGCAUCUCAAUUUGUGAUUGAAGAAAAGAUCAUGUGCAAAUAUGAAGUUCCGCCAUUAGAAGCGGUUGGAUUGGAAGGAGUAUUUGGAUUGAUAACAACGAUCGUAGGGAUCCCGAUUCUGCAUAUUUUCAUCGGCUCACGACCGGAAGGACGCGGGGGAUAUUUUGAUGCGCGAACGGGGGUGGAAGAAGUAUUGAGCAACCCGAGGAUCAUGUGGUCCUCAGUAGCGAUUGCAAUCAGCAUUGCCCUGUUCAAUUUCUGUGGCCUCGCGGUCACCAAAUCUAUCUCUGCUACCGCCCGCUCGGUCAUCGAUACUUGUCGCUCCGUUGGUAUCUGGGCUUUCUCGCUCGCUAUCGGCUGGGAAUCUUUUAGCUUCCUUCAGUUGGUCGGCUUCAUCAUCCUCGUCGUCGGUACCUUCUUCUUUAACCAAAUCGUGCACUAUCCUACUUGGUUUAAACGUCUCAUCGGGUCCCCUCCUUCCGAACAACUCAGAAUCGAUUGAUCCCCCCUUUUUUUCUUGCCAUCGUUGUUUGUUGUAUUUUCAAGACAUUAUUCUCUCUCUCUCUUUUUGCUUUCUUGUACAAAU